UCUUUCUUUUACCUUAAAAAAACAAUUUUGCAACCCCUUGAUUUUCUUCAAUUCUAAACUAGCAUUUUAAUCAACCAUCAACCUUUUUGUUUAUUUUUGUGUAAUUAAAAUCACAUCUCGAUAUUCAGGAUUUUAUCUUUUUCCCCCCUUUGAUCUCCAAAAAUAGGUUCUCCUUUUUUGUUUCUUAGUUUUGGGAAGAUCUGGUGGGUGGUGUAUAGAUGGGGAGGUUAUUUGUGGUGAAUCUUGAAGGGAAAGUUUAUAGCUGCAAGCACUGCAAAAUAAAUCUUGCACUUGUUGAUGACAUUGUUUCCAAGGUUUCCUUCCAGAGCAGGCAUGGGAAAGCAUAUCUCUUCAGUAAGGUGGUGAAUGUUUCUGCUGGGGAGAAGGAAGAUAGAAUGAUGAUGACAGGGUUGCACACAGUAGUGGACAUCUUCUGCAUUGGGUGUGGAUCAAUUGUGGGGUGGAAAUAUGAGUUUGCCCAUGAGAAGGGCCAGAAGUACAAGGAAGGAAAAUCCGUGCUUGAACGGUUUAAGGUGUCUGGUCCCGAUGGAAGCCACUAUUGGGUUAGCCAUGAAACACAUGUUGGUGGAAGUGAUGCAGAUGUUUGAUUAAACUGUCGAAUUCCAAUUGUGCAUUCUUUUAACCGUUGCAUCUCUCAUUCAACUCAUCUGAACUCUUAGAAAAAAACGGGGCUUUUCUUAUUUAAACACCUUACAUGCUGUUAAAAACAUAUUAUUGGAAAGAUUGAAAUCUUGAUUCCGAUUUA